AUGACUGAAGUUCUGAAAGGCGAAUCCGAGCUCCAGUCUGCUCUGGCGGAUUCUCACACUCCUAGCUCGAUCUCUCAACUCAGUGAGAAGCAUGACAGCUCCUCCGAGGAGGUGGAGAAGGAGGGAGGGAGAACCAUCACCGGGUUCAAGUGGAUUCUGGUUGUGACCGCCAUAUUGUCUAGCCAUAUGCUUUUCGCCCUCGACAACACCAUUGUGGCUAACAUCCAACCGGCCCAGCAUAUAGCAAUAGGCUAUAGGAGAUCCUUUUUGUCAGACCGCCAAAUCUUCAUUUUGAUGGAAGAGAUGUUGCGGAGAAAUUAA